UCUGGGUCUCCUCCGCAGUCCAGCGCGGACGACGGCGCGGCAAACAUGUGAAACGCUGGCCCGAGAGAUCCGAGAGGCGCACCCAGAAGAGGAAAGUCGAAAAGAGGACGGUAAAGAAGAUGCGCGCCUCCUGAACGCGCGACGGAUACGGUGUGUCGGUCUUCGGGUCCCUUAAGGGCUCUUGGGGGCUCUACGAGGUGUCCCACCGAGGGAUGUCCCACCUUACGGAGUCGCUGGGUCGGUAAGGGGCAUCUUGGUUCGUGUCUGUGGUGCUAGUGGCUGUUCCGGUACCACGUCGGUCGGCAUGUCGCAGGACUAGAGCGGGACCAGCGGAAGGAUGACGCGUCUUCUGGCGUGGUGCGCCGUCCUCGUCAUUCUUCAAUUAUGCCGCGGCGGCUCGGGGGAGAAACCAAAGAUGAAACCGGAAGCGGACGAGAUCCAAAUCCCCGAAGGGUCUCAACUGGAGUUGAACUGUUUCAGCCCGAGGCAACUGAAAUUCGUCUAUCCUAAAGAUGUAGAAGAAGCGAUUACCACUUCCACCCCGGAAGUGAAUCAAAGAGAGGUCGAAUAUGGCUACGAAGCAAUAUUCCGUCGAACUGAAACCCUGUUUGGAGACACUGGGUGGUAUGGUUGUGCCGAAGAAGACGUUAUCAUUAAUAAUGAGGAACAUGACGAACCAGACGUCAGAUGGAUCUACGUUUAUGUGACAUCAAAUAACAGCGUCUUCGCGCAAGUGGAUACUUUCAUUUCAUUGCGCGAGGUCUCCGGUGGUUCUGCGAUAAUUCCAUGUCGCCCAACUUCGCCGAAUUAUCCAGUCGUCCUUAUUGGUAACGACGACAGUGAAGUCGAGCUCGACGACCGAGUUUCCUUCGACCCGAAGGUUGGAUUCGUCAUGAAGGAAAUUACCCUGAAGGACAGUGGGUACUACAAGUGCACGAUCAAAGACGAGGACCAGGUCCACGAACUCAAUUAUCACCUACUCAUCGUCAGGAAGCAGAACCUCAACGAGCCGAAGAUCCACGAGGACACUUUGAGGCACGUUACAAGGGGUCAAGAAUUACGGGUCAAUUGUACAAUCGACGUGGACGCGGACAUACAGUACGUCUUCAAUUGGAGCACGCCUCAGAGGAGUAGCAGAAUAACAACGAGGCAGUACAGGAGAACCAUAGGCGCCAAUAUGCAACGCACCACCAGUGAAUUAAUCAUUAAUGAUAUCACCGACGAUGACGAGGGCGAAUAUACUUGCAUAAUCACAACGUUUUACGACAGCAAGAGAACCUCGAAAUUCAUCAUAGUAUACGAUCCAGACGUGAAGUACAUUAAUCUGACCUCGCAAGAUGAGGACAGACAUUACCAGCGGAAGUACGGAGACCGGGUCCAAUGGGUCGUCUACGUCGAUGCAUAUCCACAGCCUCAGCUUACAUGGUUCAACACCAGAGGCGAAAAGAUCGGCGAAGGAUGGACCGAUCCCGAGAGGUCGAAAUACGCUGUCAAUGCCACCCAGCUGUCAACUAUUCUCAGGAUCAACCGGCUCGAUGUCAAUGACAUGGGAGUGUACAUCCUGCAGGCAACCAAUGACGCCAAAAUGGAGAGCCUCAACUUCACCCUGGACGUCAUAGCGAAGCCGAUCACCGUGUUGGACAAAAUCGAGGCCUACUAUUCCCCAAAACAGAAGGCUGAGAUCUUCUGCCACGUGGCAACGUUUCCUGCUCCGAACAUCACGUGGAGUUUUCUUAAUUGCCCCAAUUAUCCGUCCUAUGAGGGAUCCUGGACAUCUCCGCUUCCGGACGCUGUGACGGUGUCUAAGUACACGUCGUUCACGUCGAAAGUCACAAUGACCAUCGAAAUGACUGGGCACGUUAGCUGCGAAGCCUGCAAUAACCUCGGCUGCGACAUCGCCACCGAGACAAUCUACGUGUCGGACGGAAACGGGGGCUUCGGGAUUCUUGAGCCCAAGGGAAAGAUCGUGGAAGGAGACGAUGUGAGCCUGAUAUGUGCUGCCUCGAUAUAUAAUUACACCAACUUCAUAAAUUGGCUAGAUGAGGAAGAGCAACCCAUUCAAGAGACUGAGAGGCUCACAAUCGUCAAGGAGAAAAGUCCGUUCACUUAUCGAGCUGUCCUCAGGAUAAAAAAUGUCCAAAAGUCAGAUGCAAAGUAUUACACCUGCAGUGGGAAGACCGUGGAUGGCAGCAUCGAAUAUGCUGAUUAUACAAUUACGGUGCAAGACCCACGAGCUCCGUUCUUUACGAAGACCAAUAUGAACCAAUCAGAUGCGAUCUUUGACCUGAGAAGCGAAGGCCAUAAAACUGUGAUACUCAAGUGCUAUGUUGAAGGAAUGCCAGAACCUAACAUUACUUGGUACAAGGACGACACUGUGAUCUCGGGCAAUAGUCAAUUCUGGUUUCUCUACAACAAACAAGAGCUGCGGAUUAAAUAUUUAUUGGAGCGUGACAGUGGCAAAUAUACCUGCAAAGCUGAGAACCGCUUGGGAAUGGUGGAGACUUAUCAACAAAUAGUAAUUAAAGGAAAAGAGAUCUCCAAGACUAUAAUAGCUUCCGUUGCUGUGGUGGUUAUUGUUUGCGUCAUUCUCAUGAUAUACUUCUUUAUAAAAAUGCGACGUGAAAAGAUAAUGAGAAAGGAAUUGAUGGAAGCAGGCCUUGUGCACUUUGAGGAGGGAGCAUUGGAAUGUUUAAACCCAGUGUUGACCGUUGACGAUCAGGCUGAAUUACUUCCUUAUGAUAAGAAAUGGGAGUUCCCUCGCGAACGUUUAAAGCUAGGCAAGCAACUUGGAUGUGGGGCAUUCGGAGUUGUCAUGAAAGCAAGAGCUCACGGAAUUUCUGAGGAAGAACCAGUAACAACAGUUGCAGUGAAGAUGGUCAGAAGGACCACCGAGCCAGCCUACAUUCGAGCUCUGGCCAGUGAGCUCAAGAUUAUGGUUCACCUUGGCAAACAUUUAAAUGUUGUCAAUUUAUUAGGCGCCUGUACAAAGAACAUCUCCAAACGAGAACUAAUGGUCAUCGUGGAGUACUGUAGGUACGGGAACCUACACAACUUUCUGCUACGUCACAGGGAAGACUUCAUCGAUCAAAUCGAUCCAGCCAGUGGAAACUUGGAUCCAACGAUUGGCCACGAUCUUCUCACCCGAACAGCUAGCGGAAGCUACAGUAACAGCAGGUUAACAUACGCAGCACUAUCAUUUUCUCGCAGUCCCAGCGUGGAUUCUGACAAUGGCAAUCGAGGCAGCGUGCCUGUGAUGGACUCUACGGGACUUAAUUCCCAGAGCAUCAGCAUGUCCCCAGACGGGAGUGCUGUAAAUCAUAAUUCCUCGCAGCCUGGCUGGAGAUCCAAUUACCGCGGUGACUACAAAUAUCAAAACAUGAAGCCGAUAUGCACACAGGAUCUCCUCUCUUGGGCGUUUCAAGUAGCCCGCGGAAUGGAGUACCUCAGCCAUAGGAAGGUUUUGCACGGAGAUCUGGCGGCGAGGAACAUUUUGCUCGCCGAGAACGGCGUGGUGAAGAUCUGCGACUUCGGUCUGGCUAAGACGAUGUACAAAGACGAUAACUAUAAGAAGAAGGGCGACGGUCCGCUUCCCAUUAAGUGGAUGGCAAUCGAAUCGAUAAGAGAUCGAGUAUUCUCAACCCAGUCGGAUAUUUGGUCAUUUGGGAUAGUCCUCUGGGAGUUCUUCACCCUAGCAGAGACGCCUUAUCCCGGGAUGGAGGCCGAGAAGCUGUACCAGAAGUUGAUCGAAGGGUACAGGAUGGAGCAGCCGGAAUACUGCACGAAGGAAGUGUACCAAAUCAUGCUCAGAUGCUGGCGAGUGAAGCCCAACUUGCGACCAACCUUCACCGAACUCGCCGACAACAUCGGUGACCUGCUGGAGGACGAUGUCAGGAUGCGUUACAUCGACCUGAACGAGCCUUACGUAGGGAUGAACAAGGCGUUCCUGGAAGAUGGGAAAAGCGACUACUUGACGAUGAUGUCAGCCCCAGAUCACACGGCCCUCUCGUCGCCGACCCACGACUACGUAAACUCUCAGUCUCCAGUCUCGGAAGACGGGAGCAGGUCCUACAUUUGUAUGUCCCCUGUUGGUAGACUGGACGAGUCUGAUCCUUUCAGCCCAAGGCCCAUCUUGGAAAAGUCCCACUUCGAGUUCCCGCCAUCAGAAAAAAUCGCCUUUGGCUCCUCCGAUUGCGAGGACAACAUCGAGCUGGCUCCCAUCCUACGCAGUACCGAGGAAGAUGGCUAUUUGAAGCCCAUUAACGUAGCUGAACGCAGAGCCGAGUUUGCAAACCGUCGAGAAGAGCAAAAGAAGCUUCAGAGGGAUAAUCAAAACGAUCGGCUGGCAGAACGAGACUCUGGAUACUGCAAUGCUCCUAGAAACAUGCAUCUGAUAGACCUUAAUAUUGCACAAAACGACGAACCGGAUGGCGGCACAUCAGCGACCGGCAAGUACGCCAAGCAAAUGCAGGGUGUGGCGAAAGAGAACAUACCUGCGAUUGUACGAAACGAGGACAACUACGUCAAUAUGCCAAAACAGAAGAGCGAUUUGAGGAAGGACACCAUCGAUAGCUUCAGUAAUCCUAGUUACGUGAUGCUUGGGGGCCAACAAAUAGACGAGGCCAAGGCCUAAGUGGAUGGCAGAACUUUCGGAUUGGUGAUUCUGCUCUCUUCUCACUGAAUUGUACAGAGAUUAUCUUGAGAUAGCUCGACAAAAAUUGUGGGCAUCAACGUGGAUUUAAUGCUCGCAACCAAGAGCUCGCCGACCAUGGGAAACUGAAGAGUCGAAUUCGCAAACUAACUUAACGAAUUGCGACAUUUGGUCAGGUGUAACAAACAAGUACAAAAUGUGGACAAGAAUGUUUUGCCUAUUGCUAGGAAUCUUACCGAUAUUCCGAAUCAGCGAGAUAACCUUUUGUGUAGAAACUGCGGAUAGCUUUAAUGUCUCUAGAUACUUAAUGAUUAAUUAGCAGUAACCUCAAUAUUAUGAGUUCCUAGAGUCUUCAAAUAUGGCGAAUUGAAGAACUGAACUCAAGAGCUUAAGAGCAGAACGCGGAAGGAGCCUGGAACGCAUAUUCAGCGUUUUGGAAAAUAUUUUCAGCAAGUGUACUUAUGAUAUACCAUCACAGUCGAGAUUCCCCUGAAACAGUGUUGAGCUUAACGUGGGAGUUGAAAUCUAAAAUGUGAUUACAACGUGUCGAUCAACUUAUAUGAAGUGUGAUUCCAGAGGAAGUAGCCUAAUUAUUUACUCACGUAUCUAUGAUGCUUAAAACAACCUUUACAAAGGAAAUUCGGACAUGAGAGUGCAACAAGAUAUUGAAGAAACUUAACUGUACAAGUGUAAUUUUAUCUCAUCGACGCAUUUUGAUACAUAAAGGUGUAUGAUAAUUUCUGACCAUUAUCUCAUGGCUCUUCCUAUCUACAGGAUAAAUGGAUAUGGAAUUUCCAUUUUGUAUAAUCUUUAUACCUUUGUUACUUUAUACCUUUUGUUAAUAUACGAGUACAACGACUAAAACCCUGUAAUAAAAUUAAGCGUUCUAAAAUCGA